CGGAAGGGAGAGAACUACAGUUCACGCGAGAUGUUCGCCAUGGAAUUAGAAGGUUUAUGGUAAGAUAGUCUCAUGCAGUUGUUCUGUUUUACUAUCUUUGAAGAUCACCGUGUGCAGAUCGCUCUCAGAGACGACAGGACAACUGGACUGGACGACACAGGAUAGCGUGGAAGUGAGACUGGUGAGAGAUGUUCCAUCCAUGCGUGUGAAAUCUUCCCUGGACGUCUCCAUGUGAGUGUUCGUUCAAGUCCGUGAGAUGUUCGGUGGCAGAGCUCAAGAGAACAUACACAAAACAACUCACAGAAUCGAAGGCAUAGAAGAGGAGAUGAAUUAUUUUCAUAUGCUACGCGAGAGCAUGAAAAAAGGCGACCUCCGCAAACCCAUCGCGCGUCAGAUGGGGGUGGGGGGGAGGGGAAAGGGGGCUUGAGACAAAAGAAGUACAACACGGAGGAGUUUUUUUUUACGGAAGAUAUAAGGAAGAAUGAGGGAUGUUAAUGCGGAGAGUGUGUGGGUGUGUGUAUGUGUGGGGGUUGGUAAUAGAAAAUUCCAAUCUAUUCCCACCCACCUCCACCUCUCCAACGCCUCCAUCGUGGCUCGGAAGUUCCAGCGAGAGCAACACAUCAGCAACAGAACACAGGAAAACUAUCCGCCUGGAAGGAUGUUCGGUGCUGAGGAUGGUGUGUUGGGAGGAGAAUUCGUAGCACAACUCCCGGAAUGAAUGAUGUGUCUUAAGGGAGAGCAAAGGCCAAGAGACUGCGUGAGGGCGGACAAACGCUUUUCCUUCCAGGCGCGAUCUCACAAUGAGGGCGGAUGGGUGAGAAGAUUCCAGCAGAAAAAGAGUGCGACUCUGGAGGAAAUUUCAGCGCGGGAAAAACAACAGCAGAUGCAAUUAAAGGGACAUGCAUUGAAAUUCAUGCGGAGUCUGUAUUCAGGUGCAGGCAUAAUAUUGCAGAUCCUAGAAAAUAGCCCAGGCAGAGGCGUCGUGGAUAGUGAAAAAGAGAUGCAAAUGUAUCAAAGAGAAAUCGCUAAUGCAUGAAGACACUUGGUAGUUUUCAGCACUUCGAUCAAUCACUUUGUGAGAAAAAUAGUUUGAUACAUUUGAUGUGAAGUAUUCGGCAGUUUCGUAUGGAAAUGUCGUUCCUUGAAUUUUCAAGUGACGUGGUAAGAGUUAAAAACAAAAAAAACGAUGAAGAAA